AAACAUCCAAAAAUGAUGAGUUUCAAGACAAAUUUACCAACUAAAAGCAAAAUGAAAAAGGAGGUGCAAAUCCUUUGACUUCAGUAACGAAAUCCAUUUAUGUUUGUACUACAAUAUUAUAUUUUCCUUUCCAAAUCUCCACUCUGAGUCAAGUCACUGUCUCUCUGUCUAUGUUGUCUUGUUUGCUGUUUCACCUUUGUAAUUCUUCACACUUCUGCACCUUCUUCCUUCUCAUGACAUGGAUUUUCCUCACCCUGAUACUCACACUCUUCAAGAAUCCAAAAGCUCUUCUCACAUGGAGUCUCAAAAGCUUACACCAUUGAUUUUAAUGCUUCUCCUUUUCAUGCCUUUCUCUGCUUCAUUCACUCCCUCUGACAACUUCCUUCUUAACUGUGGAUCACACACCAAUGCUUCCUUCUUCAACAGAGUCUUCAUCAGUGAUUCCACCAACCCAGGUUCCAGUUUUCUCUCUGCAGAUGAUUCCAUAUCUCUCACUAACCAAAACUCACCUCCAAAUUUGCCAGUUUUGUACCACACAGCCAGAGUGUUCACAAGCACUGAGAAAUACAGAUUCAGCAUGAAGAGAAACGGUACUCACUUGGUGCGUUUCCACUUUUUCCCUUUUAAAGCUUCAAGUUUUGAUCUGAAAUCUGCUAAAUUUAGUGUCUUGGUUAAUGGGGUUUCUGUUCUGAGUGAAUUCCGGCCACCAAAUGAUGUGUUGCUUAAAGAGUUUAUUUUGAAGAUAGAAUCAAACCUGCUUGAAAUUUUGUUUAGACCUGUUGGUAAUUCAGGUUUUGGUUUUGUCAAUGCUUUGGAGGUGUUUACUGCUCCUGUAGAUUUCAUCAUAGAUUAUGGAACAAGGUUUAUUGGUCCUUCUGGAGUGGAGGAGUAUAGAAACCUUUCAUCUCAGGUUUUAGAAACUGUUCAUAGGAUUAAUGUUGGAGGCUUGAAAAUAACUCCUUUUAAUGAUACCCUUUGGAGGACUUGGAUUCCUGAUGAGGAUUAUCUGGUUGUUAAGGAUGCAGCUAAGGCUGCAGUAAGCACUCACAUACCGAAUUUUCAGAAGGGAGGCGCGACUCGAGAGAUCGCGCCUGAAUAUGUUUACAUGACUGCUCAGCAGAUGAACAAGGAGAACACAAUCUUAGCUUCAAGAUUCAACUUAACAUGGAACUUUCCUGUGACUCCUGGCGGUGUUCCAUAUUUGAUAAGGUUGCAUUUCUGUGAUAUUGUUAGUCCUUCUCUGAACUUGCUCUACUUUGAUGUGUAUAUCAAUAGGUACAGUGCAUAUAAGGAUCUUGAUUUGUCAACCCUUACGAUUCAUGAGCUUGCAUCACCGGUCUAUGUGGAUUUCGUUACAAAUUCAGAUGAUUCGGGUGUUAUUGAAGUAAGUGUUGGUCCUUCUGACCUGAGCAGUACUAUAAGGAUGAAUGCCAUAUUGAAUGGUGCAGAGGUAAUGAAGAUGGUCAAUGAUGUGGAUAGUACUAAAGUUGUGCACAAAAGGAAAAAGUUGAGGGUGGUGUUGGGUUCAAUUAUUGGAGGAAUUUUGGUCUUAUUUUUUGUUGUAUCUGCUUUAUUACUUGCUUACAAAUGCAAGAAGAAGAAACCGAAACAAAGGUCAGUGGAAAGUGUUGGAUGGACACCUCUGCGAAUGUUUGGAGGGAGUUCACUUAGUAGAACAUCUGAACAUGGUUCUCAUGGACAUUUUGGCUUGAAGUUCUCUUUUGCAGAAAUACAAUCAGCAACAAACAAUUUUGAUAAGAGUUUGAUUAUAGGGUCGGGUGGGUUCGGUAUGGUCUACAAGGGAGUGCUCAAAGACAAUGUAAAGGUUGCUGUCAAGAGAGGCAUGCCUGGUUCCAGACAAGGCCUUCCAGAAUUCCACUCGGAAAUAACAAUUUUAUCCAAAAUUCGCCAUCGCCACCUUGUUUCACUAGUCGGUUUUUGUGAAGAAAAUUCAGAAAUGAUACUUGUCUAUGAGUAUGUUGAAAAAGGUCCACUGAAAAAGCAUCUAUAUGGCUCAGCAAAACUGCCACCUCUUUCUUGGAAGCAGCGUCUAGAGAUAUGCAUUGGUGCCGCUAGAGGUCUCCACUAUCUUCACACUGGUUUUGCUCAGGGAAUCAUCCACCGCGACAUUAAAUCAACCAACAUAUUGCUCGAUGAAGAUUACGUUGCCAAGGUUGCUGACUUCGGUCUUUCAAGAUCUGGGCCGUGCAUUAAUGAAACACAUGUGAGUACCGGUGUGAAAGGCAGUUUCGGUUAUCUUGAUCCCGAGUAUUACCGGAGGCAGCAGCUUACGGAUAAAUCGGAUGUUUAUUCGUUUGGGGUUGUGCUUUUUGAGGUACUAUGUGGCAGACCUGCUGUUGAUCCGCAACUCACCAGGGAACAGGUGAAUUUAGCAGAAUGGGCGCUUGAAUGGCUGAAGAAGGGCAUGCUGGAGCAUAUUGUCGAUCCGCUUCUUGUUGGACAGGUCAAGCUAAGCUCGUUAAAGAAAUUUGGCGAGACAGCAGAGAAAUGUUUGGCUGAAUAUAGUGUUGACCGGCCAACUAUGGGUGAUGUCUUGUGGAAUUUGGAACAUGCACUUCAGCUCCAAGAGAGUGGACAACGAAGGGAGCGACAUGCUCAUAGCAGCGACAAUGAAGCAGUGGAUGAGACAACUACAAGUUUUUCUGAGAAUCCUUCUACCAACAGCAGAACAGGAAGAGAUUAUGAUAAUGGUUGUCCAGACAUAAGUAGUAGUGAAGUGUUUUCCCAGCUAAUGACCAAUGAUGGCAGAUAGAGAUAGGUGAAUGCUGCAAAUGUAAGUAUGUGUUUGGAUAUCGGUUGAGUGAACAAUGGCGCUAACGAGUAUCCAAACAUAGCCUAAGCAGUUCUUGUAGAAGUAUUGAAAAAGAAAAAAUCACAUGGCUAAAGAGGUAUUACAGCAUUACCUAGGCUUCAAAUUUUUUGUUGAUAAGUUAUUUUGUCUUUUAAAGAAAUUGCAUCAAAACCAUGAAUAUUUACUCAUGGAAGACUGCUAUAGGCUCCUUAUAUUGCACUGGUUCAUUGAUAGUUUCUUACAAAUGUUUGAAUAUCCUGUUUCUUGGCAUUGGAGGGAUGCUUUAAAUCUAUUGUUGUAUACUUUAUUCUUUUAUGUUGUGCAAUACUCUUCAUUCGUUCUAGAGCUGAAUCAGUCAAAGUUGUGAUCAGCUGUAGGUUUGUUUAAGGUCUGAUUGUAUAAUAUAAUUGAUAUUUUGAAAGUUCUAAUUUCAAUUACAAUACUUUGUGUUGCUGAAGAA